AUGCGUGCGGGCGUGAGAGGGGCGCGGGCGUUCACACCGCGGCUGCGGGGCGAGGGCUCCGCCGGUGCCGUCGGGUGCGAAGUCGCUGGGGCCGGGGGAGCUGGGCAGCUCGCCACCAGCUCGCAGCUCGCCACCAGCUCGCAGCUCGCCCUGCCCCGUUGCCUGCGGGCGGGAGAGGUCGCGUUCCCGUGGCUGGCGAGACCCUCCCACGGGAGCCCCGCUCGGCCCGGCCAGGAGUGUUUCACCGGGGAGGACCCUGCGGGAAUAUUUGAACUGGUGCAGGUUGUUGGCAAUGGGACAUAUGGACAAGUCUAUAAGGGUCGCCAUGUUAAGACUGGGCAGCUAGCAGCAAUCAAAGUGAUGAAUGUUACUGAGAAUGAAGAGGAGGAAAUCAAGCUGGAGAUAAAUAUGCUAAAAAAGUACUCCCAUCACCGGAAUAUUGCUACGUAUUAUGGCGCAUUUGUAAAGAAAAGUCCUGCAGGCCAAGAUGAUCAGCUCUGGUUGGUGAUGGAGUACUGUGGUGCGGGCUCUGUCACUGACCUGGUAAAGAAGACGAAAGGGAACUGUUUCAAGGAAGAUUGGAUUGCAUACAUCUGCAGAGAGGUUCUCAGGGGCUUGGCACAUCUUCAUGCUCACCAUGUCAUCCAUCGAGAUAUUAAAGGACAGAAUGUUCUUCUCACAGAAAAUGCAGAAGUAAAACUGGUGGAUUUUGGUGUAAGCGCUCAACUGGAUAGGACUAUUGGGAGAAGAAACACAUUUAUUGGCACACCGUAUUGGAUGGCGCCCGAGGUCAUUGCUUGCGAGGAGAACCCAGACUCUACGUAUGAUUACAGAAGUGACCUAUGGUCUCUGGGAAUCACUGCUAUUGAAAUGGCCGAAGGAGCUCCUCCCCUGUGCGACAUGCACCCCAUGAGAGCGCUCUUCCUCAUCCCACGGAACCCGCCCCCAAAGUUGAAAUCCAGAAAAUGGUCAAAAAAAUUCCUAAACUUUGUUGAAAGCUGCCUUGUAAAAAAUUACUUGCAUCGUCCGUCCACUGAAACCUUGCUUAAGCAUUCUUUCAUCCGAGACAUGCAGAAUGAACGGCAAGUGCGCAUCAUGCUGAAAGACCACCUGGACAGGACCAGGAAGAAAAAAGGAGAAAAGGAAGAAACGGACUAUGAUUACAGUGGAAGUGAGGAGGAAGAUGAUGAGCUGAAUGAAGAUGAAGGAGAGCCAAGCUCCAUAGUUAAUCUCCCAGGGGAGUCAACUCUCCGUCGUGAAUUUCUGAGGCUGCAGCAGGAGAACAAAAACCGUUCUGACCCUCAUCGCCAGCAGCAGCAGCUGAAGGACCAGGAGAAAUACAAGAAGCAGCUGCUGACGGAGCGGCAGAAACGGAUCGAGCAGCAGAAAGAGCAGAGGAGGAGGCUGGAGGAUCAUCAGAGGCGAGAGCAGGAGCUGCGAAGGCAGCAGGAGUGUGAGCAGAGGUGGCCAGAGGCUAAGGCCGUUCAAAGGAAAGAGGAGAGGUGUAAAGAAGACAAAAGGGCUGUGGAAGAUGAACGGUUCAUAGUAGAAGGACAGAGGAAAUCGGAAAAGAAGCAGGUACGGAAAAAAAAGGUGGAAGAUGUGCAGCACAACAGGAAGGUGCAUCGAACUCUCCCCAAAGAUCAGACACAGCUGCUGUCUCUCCAGCAUGACCACAAGCAGAAGAAGAAAGAGCCUUCCAAGAGUUCAAAUUCAGCAGUGCAUCCUCCAUCAAGCAGCACAAGCAAAGAGGCCGAGGACAGAAAAAAGAAAAAUGACAGCAUCCAGCCUUCCCUCCAGUGGCCAGCGGUGCUGGGGCACGAAGCCACGCCACACGCCAGGAUGCGAUCUGGCAGCAGUUCCAGCCCUUGCACCCCCGCGCCACAGAGAGCCGUGUUAGUACAGUGUGAAAAUUUCCGGGCUAGUAAGGAUGUGUACCACAGCGGUUCACUGUCGGACAUGGUGACAACACCCCUCAGCCCUGUGCAGGAUGACGUAUUCUGGAACGCGAGUCAAAACGAAGAACAACCCCCAAAGGUUCCAGAAAGGACAACCUCUAAAUUUUACAGCAAGGAUCAGCCUGGCCAUCAGAGAUGCCUUUCAAGUAACACUCAUCAGUCGUCCCCCGGGGGACAUGCUCUGAAGCUAAACAGCAGCAGCAGCACUCCUGGCAACAUCCAGUGGGAGAUGGGAUCUCAUCAGAGCAGCCGGUCAACCUCAGGGAAUCCAGGACCGGCCAAUGCAGAGAACGCUUUGUCCCAGAACCACUUGCAGCUGCAUAAGAAGUCUGAAAAAGUUUCUUAUCCAGGCCAGAUUGCAAGUCCAGGCUCCUUUGCCAAGGGGAAGGACAGUGCCAACUCACUCUUAAAAGCAGCAGACUAUUCCUCAUCAAGUGAUGAAGUCAGCAGCAGUGAUGAAGAUGACAUGAAUCACACAAGGCAACCGCUAAGCAGUAGAGUGGCAGAUUUCUCAAGGACGAGCGUACCAGAUGGAAUUGAACUGAAACCCCAAAGCACCGUUGCAGAACAGAAGGAUCAGAUUUUAGGGAAACAAAUUUCUAGCACCCAGGAAGGCCUCUGGAGUGUAAACAACCAGAACUAUCUCCUGCCAGAUCUUCUCCAGCAAAGCCAAAUUUCAGACUCCUCUGUGAACCCACCAAAAGUGCCACUGACCAGCCAGGAACCUGAGAACAAACCUCUGAAUAAGACCCCGUGCACUGAAAGCCCACCUUCAAAGAGCAGUACAUCGUCUACAGCAUCAUUUACUUCAUUCAUAGAUCCUAGACUCCUGCCUAUCACCCCUCCCACCAGUCCAGUAGGACCUUCCUGUAGUUCUCCAUCUAGUGCAAAAUCUGAGCCUGUCAGGAGAGAAAAUGCAAGGAAGGGCUCUGUUGUCAACGUCAACCCAACGAAUAUCCGCCCGCAGAGUGACAGUCCAGAAAUCCGUAAAUACAAGAAGAAAUUCAACUCUGAGGUCCUUUGUGCUGCUUUGUGGGGAGUAAAUUUACUGGUGGGAACAGAGAACGGAUUGUGGCUGCUGGACAGAAGCGGGCAAGGAAGAGUUUACUCACUGAUUACAAGGAGACGAUUCCAGCAAAUGGAUGUUCUGGAAGGACUCAAUGUGCUAAUUACUAUAUCAGGGAAGAAGAAUAAGUUGAGGGUAUAUUACUUAUCAUGGCUGAGAAAUAAAAUUUUGCGUAAUGACCCAGAGGUGGAGAAGCGGCAGGGCUGGGUGUCUGUGGGUGACCUGGAAGGCUGCGUACACUACAAAGUGGUAAAAUAUGAGAGAAUCAAAUUCCUUGUAAUUGCUUUGAAAAACUCAGUGGAGGUUUAUGCUUGGGCUCCAAAGCCUUAUCACAAAUUCAUGGCUUUUAAGUCCUUUACCUCUCUUCAUCACAAACCACUGUCAGUUGACCUGACCGUUGAAAAUGGACAAAGAUUAAAAGUCAUAUAUGGCUCGCUAGUAGGCUUUCACGCCAUUGAUGUGGACUCUGGAUCUGUGUAUGACCUGUACCUUCCAACACACAUCCAGGGGACUAUUCGCCCACAUGCCAUUAUCAUCCUCCCGAAUACCAGCGGAAUGGAGCUUCUACUCACCUAUGAAGAUGAAGGCAUCUACAUUGAUAUAUAUGGGCAUUUCACAAAGGAGACUGUUUUACAGUGGGGAGAAAUGCCGGCAUCUGUAGCUUACCUUCAAUCUAAUCAGGUCAUGGGCUGGGGAGAGAAGGCGAUUGAACUACGCUCUGUGGAAACAGGAAAUCUGGAAGGCGUGUUUAUGCACAAGAAAGCACAGAAGCUAAAAUUUCUAUGUGAAAGAAAUGACAAGGUGUUCUUUGCAUCUGUACAGUCAGGAGGCAGCAGCCAAAUAUACUUUAUGACUCUUGGUCAAAAUGUACUAUUCAACUGGUAAAUCACAUCAAAAUGAAGGAUGCUUUGAAAUUCCCUGUAGGUAGCAGUGUAAAAUGCUUGGAGGUAAUAUACACAGAUUCGCACUUUUUACCAACAAAACUUUUGUCAUUAUUAACUUAUCAAAAUUCAUAUUCUUUCAGUUUGGAAAGAAUUCCAUUUUCCUGUCAAAGUACUGCAAACAUGUUUAGUUUGUCUUCUAAAAUAUGUUGCAAACCGAGACUGUAUUCACAGUGUUGGGAGAGAACAACUUCAAUGAAGAAUGUAGCCGAUAGAAGAAGCUCCUGUACUCUGAAAAGCAUACAGUUUCAUUUUCACAGACGAUGUAAUGUUGUUAUUUUGAACUGAAGUCUCUUUCUUUUUUGGACAGCAACAUCUGUAGGUCGAUACAGAAACACAAACAAGUUGGGUGACAAAUUGGAGUCUAUUUUGAAUUGGGUUUUGGCUUGUUUUGCAUUUUAAGCAAACUGUUACUGUUUCACCAAGACUCACUUGUCCAAGUCUUAUAAUCAGUGAAAGAGCAACUGUUCGUGAUGGGGCCUGAUGCAGACUGGGACGCUUGAGGGAUCGUAUCCUGUGCUGGGUAGGCAGGUGCAUUUCACUGCAGAGUUGUAAAAGCAGCUGCUUCUAGACAUGUGCCUCAUCUGGUAGAUUGUACAAAAUGCAGGGGACACACUUCAUGUUUCUCUCAGGGCUGGAAGCCUGAGCCCAUAGACACAGUUACUGUAGAAUGUAUUUGUAAAAAUAGUUUAAAUAGUAGUUUGUCAAAACCAUACAUGCAUAAAGCAUUAUGGACCCAAACCUGUAACUUCUAUUCAAACACAGGACCCGCACUCAUACAAGUUGACUUAAAGGCACUACCCAUGUAUAUAAGGGCACAGGAUCAGGCACCUUCUUUUCUUCCCUUCUUGCUCUUUCAGCAUCAAGUCUUCAUGUAUUUGUGUGUAAAUACAACCUUUCCACAAUGGAUGUUAAGAUUAACAAAUGUAGUCUUAAUAUAGUUAUGAAAAUAUCCAAAGAGUUAAUCUAUUAUAAAUAGAAAAUUAAAUAAUUUCGGGUGAUUUCUAUGCUAAUUACAUCUAAAUAAAGCUGCAUCCACUAGU